AAAGCCCUAGCCAAUUUUCCAAUCCAAAAGUAACAAAGCGGGAAAAGUCAGUCAAAAACAAAAAACCUCACUAGAAGAAGAAAGGCGAUCGUCGAAACUGGAGUGAGUGAGUGGAAAAAUGAGAGGCGCAGGAGGGUGGCGACACCGUCCAAAGGAGUCCUUAGCGGCGGCACAACCACCGCCAACUCCAGUGGAUCAGUUCCGUCAAUUCAACCAAUCGCGAGACUCAGACGCAAGCUUCGGCAGCAGCCGUCCUUCCUCCGUCGGAAUCCCUCGUUCCUUCGAUCUCCUCUACAAGGACCGUUCGCUCCAACAAUCGGCCCUCUCCACCAUCAACUCCUACUUCUCCUCUCUCUCUCACCCUCCCUUCAAAGCCUCCUUGCCUUCCGCCAAAGAAAUCACCGACUCCCUCCGCUUCCUCCUCUCCCGUCUCCAGUUCCCUUCCUCCUCCAAGCUCGACGAAGAUCUCCCCUUCUUGCUCAAAUCCCUAAAUUACCCUUUCAAAUUCAACAAAUCCAUUCUCAAGGCCCCCGGUACUCCUCACCACUGGCCUUCCAUUCUCGCCAUCAUUCACUGGCUCGUCCAGAUCGCUCUUUUCAACGACAAUCUCUCCGCUUCCGCUUCUUCUCCUCCCGCUCUAGCCGAUAACGAUCUGAAGUCCUAUGUUCUCCAGAGUUACUUGCACUUCGCGCGCGGCGACGACGACUCCGUCGACGCCUUGGACGGCGAUUUCGUCGAGAGAUUGGAGCGGAAGAAGCUUGAUUUGAAGGAAAACGUCGACGUUUUGUCCGGAAACGUUAGGGAACUGGAGGCGAAGGCUGAGGCUUUGAGGUCUGCUCCUUCUCAGAAGGAGCUGCUCGAGAAGGACAAGGGGCUGUUGGAGGAGGAUGUGAGCAAGUUCCACACCAUAAUCGGGGAGUUCACGGAGCGCAUGGGUUCAAUGGAGAAGGCGUUGGAGGAAAAAGAGAAGGAAUUAGAGGCUAAGGUGCAGGAGAGGAUGAGGAUUGCUGAGGAGAACGAGGAGUUGAAGAGGAGGGUCGAGACGCAGACUUUGAAUGCGCGCGACAUGGAUAGGAUGAGGAGAGAGUUGCAGGCCGUGGAGAGGGAUAUUGCCGAGGCCGAGAUCGCGAGGAACAAGUGGGAAGAGAAGUCUUGGGAUCUCGACACCAAGAUUGGACAUCAGUUUAAGGAGCUCGAGGCGCUCGCUAUGGAGUGUAACCAGGCCAUGAGAAGGUUGAAGCUUGGUAAUGAUUUUCAGUAUGUUUUAAAUGCCAAAGGGUCUACACCUGCAGAGAUAAUGGGUAUUGACUACAAAUCAAAACUUAAGCCUUCACUUAAUUCCUAUGCUGAUGACAUACAGAAGAGUUCUAUGGAAAAAUUAGAAGAGUUGAUUUCCCUUCAGCAACAAUCGAAGGAAAAUGCUGCUAAGAUUGAGGGGAAAAGAAAUAAUAUAACAGCGCUUCAAUCCCGCAUUGAAGAAUUGGAAGCUCAACUGAGUUUGCUGAAGAAGGAAACACAAGAGUACACUUAUAGCUGUGCAGCAGAAGCUAAGAAGAUGGUGGAGGAAGUUCAAAUGGAGGCUCAUAACUUAGAUAUUGUGGAAAGAGAAGCAGCAGAGGUUCUGAAGACAUCUGAGUGGAGGUUGCAGGAAGCAGUCAGACAAAGUGAAGAAGAAAUUCAGAUGUGUGCUCGUGAACUCUUUUCAUUGGUUGAUUUUGUCUCGAAAUAUAAAGAAUAUGUGGAGUCCAGAAUUUCAGAAAUGAAGAGCAAUCUUUCAGAAACUGUUGUUGCCGUAUCAGAUGCUUACAAGAAUUCCUUACCUGCACACCUCCAACUUAUGAAAACAAGUUUGUAGAGAAGUUUGCCCUCUGGUUAUGCGCAACAACGAUUCAUUGCUUACUGUCUUUGCUAAUGUCUAGUAUAAACACCUCUGUGAAUCCAAUCUCUUUUGUUAGGGAGCUGUGAUGUCAAACUGACGUAUAUAGUAGUACAAUUGCCCUUUGUGAA